GAUGACCAUCUGAUAAUUUCGGUUGAAGAUCGCGUAGGUCCAAACAAAGAUGAGGUUCUUGGUAAGACUUUUAUACCAUUGGCAACGGUUGAACGGCGUGCGGAUGAUCGGGUUGUCCACUCUCGAUGGUUUAACCUACAAAAACCAAGUGCAACUGAUAUAGAGGAGCCAAAGAAAGAUAAGUUUGCUAGUAGGGUCCAUCUUCGUGUCUGCCUAGAUGGAGGUUAUCAUGUACUCGAUGAAUCUACACAUUAUAGUAGUGAUCUCCGGCCAACAGCAAAACAGCUUUGGAAACCACCAAUUGGUAUUCUGGAACUAGGCAUUUUAAAUGCUGAUGCCCUUACACCCAUGAAGACAAGAAAUGGUCGCGGCACUUCAGAUACUUUUUGUGUGGCAAAGUAUGGUCAAAAGUGGGUUAGAACAAGAACAAUUACGGACUGCUUGAAUCCGAAGUACAACGAGCAGUACACGUGGGAAGUUUUUGAUCCAGCCACUGUUCUUACUGUUGGUGUUUUUGAUAAUGGACAAAUUGGCGAGAGGGGUUCAAAUGGUCACAGAGACAUGAAAAUUGGGAAAGUUCGGAUUCGAAUUUCAACUCUUGAAACUGAUCGAGUAUAUACUCAUUCUUACCCUUUGCUUGUACUUCACCCUUCUGGUGUAAAGAAAAUGGGAGAGUUACAUUUGGCAAUUCGGUUUUCAUGCACAUCCAUGAUGAACAUGAUGAGCUUAUACUCCAGACCGCUCUUGCCCAAAAUGCACUAUAAGAUGCCAUUGUCAAUGGUGCAACUGGACAUGCUGCGUCGCCAAGCGGUCAAUAUAGUGGCAGCACGGCUAACCCGUGCUGAGCCCCCUCUCAGAAAGGAAGUAAUUGAGUAUAUGACUGAUGCUGAUUCACAUCUCUGGAGUAUGAGGCGUAGCAAGGCAAACUUUUUCCGGCUGAUGUCAGUCUUUAACGGAUUAUUGGCCGUUUGGAAAUGGUUUGGAGAAGUUUGCAUGUGGAAGAACCCCAUUACGACGGUGCUAGUUCAUGUCCUCUUUGUCAUGCUGAUCUGUUUCCCCGAAUUGAUUCUACCCACACUGUUUCUUUACAUGUUUCUGAUUGGUCUUUGGAACUACCGUUACCGGCCAAAGUACCCUCCUCACAUGAACACAAGACUAUCCUGUGCUGAUGCAGUGCAUCCUGAUGAACUUGAUGAGGAAUUUGAUACAUUCCCUACCACACGCAGUUCAGAUAUCGUGAGGAUGAGGUACGACCGAUUAAGAAGUGUGGCUGGUAGAAUCCAGACGGUGAUAGGUGACAUAGCAUCACAGGGGGAGAGGAUUCAGGCACUGUUGAGCUGGCGGGACCCACGCGCGACUGUUAUAUUCAUGGCGUUCUGCAUAGUGGCUGCUGUUGUAUUAUAUGCUGUCCCUUUCCAGUUGUUGAUUGUCAUGGCCGGACUAUAUGUCAUGAGGCACCCAAGAUUUCGGCAUAAGUUACCCCCAGUACCUCUGAAUUUCUUCCGACGGCUCCCUGCCAGGACGGAUAGCAUGUUGUGAUUUUUAUCAUCUGCUGCUUGCAAUUUCUUUUGUAAGUCAUCAAACUCUAGUUUCUUGUCUCAACAGUUUGUAGAGUUGGUUAUGUUUCUCAAGAUUUCCAAAGUGUAUAAAAGUAUGUUUCAUGUCAUUUUUUGUUACAGAAACUCGACACCAUGUCUAUAGAACAGUGUCCUUUCUCUUGUACUAAAUUCUGAGAUAUGUUCAAUAUAUCCGAUGCGCAUA